AUGCAUAUCACCAUCGGCCUCAACACGCCAUCAGAAACACUAUUCCCAGUCUCACGAGCAGUCUGCCAUGACCCAAGCACAGGGCAACCUCUCGCUCCAGAGCCAGAGCCCGAGGUCAAACGACACCUGUAUUUCGCGUACGGGUCCAACCUAUCACCAACACAGAUGAAAAAGCGCUGCACUAUCAACCCCGCUCUAUCCAGCAAACCACUCGCCAUCGCCAUCCUGCCCAAAUGGCGCUGGCUUAUCUGCGAAGCGGGGUACGCCAACGUCCUUCCACCGCCUCGGAUGCGCAUCGGAGCUCAAGAUAGCGAUGUCGCGCGCAAGAUCCCUAGGUCCGGGAAGGAAGAUGCCGUCUACGGUAUUCUGUACGAGAUGGAUCCAGGCGACGAGCUCGUUCUGGACGGGUAUGAAGGCGUAGACCACCGAGCAGACGAAGCAGAUGGGGAUAAGCUCGGGCUUGAUAUUCGGCCCCGAGAGCAAGGGGAUGGGGAUUACAAUAAGUGGUAUCUCCCAGCGGAGGUUGUUGAGUGGAUCGGUGGAGACGAUCAUCCGCUGAAGACGGGGAAGGGGGAAUUGGUGCCUACGCUCGUGUACGUGGAUGAGGAGCGAGUGGUUCUCGGUCCUCCCAAUGCGGAGUAUAUCCCUAGGAUGAACCGGGCUAUUCGGGAGUCCGAGGCACUUGGAGUUCCCGGGGAUUGGCUGGAAGAGGUUCUGAGGCGGUUUAUCCCUAAGCAGUAG